GCUUUGUUUUUUUCACCUCUUCUCCUCGCCUUCGCUAUCCCACAAUGCAUUGCGUUCACUCGUUGGAUCCGAUCAUGGACCAAAGCGCAGACAAUGAUCUUCAAGGAAGCGAUGGUUCUGGGAUUUUGGGUGGCCCAGAUGUCCGCAGACGAAUCCCCAUCAAGCUCAUAUCCAAGCAGCCCAUAAGGAGCAAACCUCCGCCCCGCACCCAGAGACCCGGCGGCAGGCCGUGUAAAAGUGAGGCCGGAGUAGACGAUACCUUUGGCUUCAAGCAGGAGGAGAGGUUCGACUGUGGAGCUAAAUCUGGGGACGUGUUCGCAACUCAGAGGAGGUUCCCCCAGGCGCUGUUCUGGGACUACAAGUUAAAUCUGAUUGGAGAAAGAGAUGAAGUACCAAUCCACUUCUGUGAUAAAUGUGGUCUUCCUAUCCAGCUCUACGGACGCAUGAUCCCCUGCAAACACGUCUUCUGCUACGACUGUGCUCUGCUCCAUGAGAAGAAGGGAGAGAAGAUGUGUCCUGGCCUCACGAUGUACAACUGCACGGACCCGGUGCAGCGGAUCGAGCAAAGCCAGCGGGGGGCCCUCUACAUGUGCAGCGUUGUGCCGGGAUGCAAACGCACCUACCUUUCCCAGCGGGACCUGCAGGCCCACGUCAACCACCGCCACAUGAGGGCCGCCAAGUCCUCCGCCGGCCGACAGGAGCCCGUGCACCUGCCCCCCGCGUCCGAGGUCCCGGACCGCUUCCGCGUGCCUCCGCCCCACCUACCCAAGAACCACGUGCACCUCCCGAACCCGCUCCAGCACGGCAGUCACGACCCCUACGGCCAGCCGCCCCCGCCCACACCCCACGUGGAGUUUCUCAUGGUCCUCAGUCAAGCGGUCCCCAGAGUACGCAGGUCUGGCCGAGGCCCCAUCCUGGAUCCCAGUGUGGGAAAGGUUCUGGAGAGGUUCCUUAAAGAACCUUUGGCCGUUGCUUUCCUGUGCGGUGUGAGCUUGUGCUCUGAUGGUCUCAGGGUGUCCCCUGCUCUCAGGUGUGAGCUUAUGUUCUGA